AUGGACCCCCCAUGCCAGAUUUCUACAAUAUUCCCGAGGCUUCGCCGUAUGACGGCGGUCCUCGACGAUGUCGCUCUCCCACUAUUCCUAAACCCUUCGGUCACUGCCCUAUACUUAACGAUCUGGAGCUCAGAUGAAACGAUAAAGGAACUUUUCAUUCAGGCACCCUACCUGAAUGUGUUACGCUUUACGGAGUCACAGGCCGACCCUCUCUCGAUCCAGACGUUGCUCUCACAGUCAUUGACGGCCUUUCCGUCUUUGAUCGAGUUUUAUGUACCGUCUAAUUCCCUACUACCUUCGCUAGUUGAGAUAGCGUCCCUGCUACCUAACCUCCGAACGCUAGGGCAGUCCCCACCUGAAAAGGUUUACUAUAAUAGAUCCCAGUUUCCUGGCCGUUUUGUGCCCGACCUUAAGGUCGGAUCUUUUCCAUCGUUGCGGGAACUCUCCUUCACUGCGACACUUUCAGAUGCGACGGCACUCAUUCGACACCCACAUUUUCCAUCUCACAACCUCGCUUGUCUGAGGCUGUAUGCUAUUUUCCCACUUAGGGACCGCGAUUUCAUCCACUUCAGCACCGCCGCGGCAGACCUCUGCCCGGACAUCAAGGAACUGGCGAUCUUUGUAGACGACCAUUCUCCCCAUGCGCGUCUGCACAUUCAGUUUUUCGAAUUAGCCCCUUUGCUUCAUCUUCGGAAGCUGGCUUGUCUGAACAUACAUUAUCUUCACCCCAUCCACAUGUCUGACCAAGAUGUUAAAGACCUCGCCUCCAAUGUUCCAUACUUGGAGAGACUGCACAUAACUACGGCAGAGCCUUCGUUCGUCCACCCACGCACAUUGCCUUCCUUGCCCACAUUGACCCAGUUCGCGCGACACUGCCCCCUACUUCGAGAUCUAACGCUGUGUCUCGAUGUCACCGACAACGAUGUGGACGCACUCUCUGGCGCACCGUUGCUGUUCCGGAGCCUAGAGCGAUUGAAGCUCCAUCUGGGCUUCGCCAUCACGUCCAGUGACGAGGUAGAGCCUCUCGCGUCGUUCAUCACCGGUAUGCUCCACGACGACUGUGUCUUUCAUGCAACCUCUAUUGUCGUGGAUGAUUCCGCAGUGGAACGACCUCUCAGGCUGUCGCAGCCCAUCAGCGGGAAAUGCACUUACAUUGAGGAACUCGUCCAGCGCAUGCUAGAAAGCAGGAGACAUUGGGCGAAGGUGGAGAAGCGGAUGAAGACGGAGAUGCAGAGGGUGAGGAAGGAGAAUGAGAGGUUUUUGCGGAGGCUUUGA